AUGAGCUCCUCCCCUCCACCAGCUCGAGGCCGAGCCCCACUCAGUCCGCAGGUCGCUGCUGCUCAUAGUCAUGCACACGCUCAGGCAGUCGCACUCGCCUCUGCUGCUCACGCCGCUGCUCAUGCUCAGCAAUUGUCGACCUCGUCCAGAUCUGCUCAUGGGGAUGGCGCAGACGGAGAUGACGACAAUGAGGGCGAGGAGGUGUUCAGCAACCCUGACACAGCUGAGCUCGAAGCGCUGUCGGAUGGCACGGGUGCCACGUCGCCCGGGCCAAACAGUCCCGGACCUAGUAGCCCGCUUCAGCGACCUGCAUUGCCUCACGGCACUGGACCUCAUGGCACGCUCAAAGAGCUGCCAGUGCUCAGUACGUCUGGAGUGCCGGUACCAUUCGGGGUUGGAUCAGCGGUCGCACAGCCAUCAGUCGAGACUUUUCGGACUGCGCGAGCUCCGACAAACAAUCGCCAACCCAUUCGGGCACCGCUCCUCCGCGGCAACAGCACUGGUAAUGUGAUUGGCGCUCCGGCCUCCCCAGUGUCUGCCAUCUCCACUUCUUCGAGUGCGGCUGGUCUCAGCCUGGGAACUUUACCAUCUGCUCAUGGUCUACCCGCUGAUCCUCGCGAGGCAACAACCUUGUCCACGCUUUUCACGCAUCCACCCGCGCAAUCGCCAGCCGAAGAGAUCGGCCAGCCAGUGUUUGCGUUGCGUAGCAUGCCCACAACCCGACCCACCUCUCCGUCGAAAAGUCCAGCCCGACUUGGCAUGGGCUCUUCAACGCUUCAAGGUUCAGACUCUCAGCGCGUCGCUUCUGGUAGAUAUGCUCAUGCGCAAGAAGAAAGCAUCUUUGAGAGGGAUAUUGAACACCGCGAUGCGAACCACUCCUUUACCAAGGCAGAGGCCAUCGAGGUGGCCAUUCCUCCUGUGCUUGAUGACGCUGUGGAAGCCAUUCGCGAAGGUGAUGUGAGUGUCAUCGAAAAUGCAUGAAAAGUGCGCCCCUUGGCUCACCAUGUCAUUUCCGUCACGACGUAGAAUAUUGAAAUCGUAGCGCCGCAGUCCGCACCCGCGCCUACUGCGCUGUCAACACAGGCUCUCUCGGCGCACACUCAGUCACCUCUUGGGGGUGCCUCUGUCGGAGCUGACGUUGGACCGCCUGGAACUUUGGCCGCACAGCUCGCGGAGCGAUUUGGUCUGGACGGCAUGAGCCAUCCGGCAAGUAGCGCUGGUGCACCCAGUGCCAACGCAUCUCCAGUGAUUUCUCGCCGCCAUAGAAGACCCCUCUCGGAUGCCAGUAGCUCCUCAAGUGCUGGUCCAUUCAGCAAUGCGGCAAGUGCUGGAAUGCAGCAAGUCUUGGAGAGCGGCACAACCUCUCCGCUACCCCCUCUGGGCUCCACUCUGUUUGGCACGUCGCAGGUUCGCUCGACUUCCAGAGGCAAUGCGUUGCCUUCUCCUCCCGCUGCAGCAUCCAGCCUGUCUGUGGCCGGCGCCGGUGGAGCCUCCCCUCUUCCCGGUGUGUCCAUGCCCGACCCGUUCCGCACCUCUUCGCCAGCCUCGACGCUCGCCCCGCUUCCAAAUUUGCCGGCAUCGUCCGCCAGCGAAGUGCUUCCAUCCAGCAGUCUCAGCAUGGAUGGCGCGGUGAUUGCCAGCUCAGACGUAGCGACUGCAGAUGGAAGCCUUGGAGCGUUUGCCGAUGCUCUCGGCAAGUCUACGUCCGCCUCGCCCUACGUACGAGGCGUAAGCGCUUCACCGCGCUUUGGUUCGCCUGCCAUGGAGCGCAGCAAGUCGGCCAGCGGUGCUCCUGGAAUGCCUGGCGCUUUGCCGGACGUCAGCACCCCACCAGUGCCAUCAUCGACUACCAAGCGCCUGAGUUUCUUUUCGUAUUCUGAUAUUCUUAAUCAUACCCCUGGGCAAUUGCUCGAUUUCAAGGGAGCUGUCAAAGCGUCCGCCGAGACGGAUGCUGAUGCGCACGCAAUCGGACUGGGCCUUGGAAGCGGUCAAGGACUCGACUUGCACUCACCUCGCAUCGGUGCCAGCGGCUCGGCGACGCCCGCCCACCCUCGUCUCAGCUCCGACUUUAGCGUCUUGUCCAAACGCACUGACGCGAUGAAUCUGUCGGCCGACAUUUCUCGCAAACAGUGA